UAUAGAGGAGUGUACUUGUGCCACUAGUCCAUAGUACGGUGGUGAAAUUCAUUGCUUUGCUUCAGUGAACCACUGUGGAGCACGGCAGAGAGUGACAAGCCAUAUGAGGACAUCACUUGGGAGAUGGUGGAUGACAGCAGUUCAUCAUCGACCACGUACGAGCACCUGUACGAGCCCAUCUACGAUGUCCUCGACCACCAACUGCCGGGAAACCAAGAGGAUUGCGGCAGUGAUAUCAGGGUGGAGAUAUCAUCGCACUGCACCGCCAACCUACCCAAGGAGUCGGCUGGCAAGCCGUUGGCCGACAGCAGCCGGCGGAGGCCCCUGGCCACUUUCUACGUGCAGCUCUCUGUGGACAGUGCUACGGCCUCCAGCACAGGGUCACGGCCACAGCGACGUCGCCGCUUGCGUCGCACGUCGGCUGUGCCCAGGCGACCCCAGUCACCACCACCUCUGCCACCAACGGCAACAGCUGCAGGCUCCUCCCCCCCACCAGCGACCCCCUGUCCCGAGACCAGUGACGGCCGGCUGCUGGAGGAAGAGCCCCUGUACCAGUUCUACCAGCAGGCCGUGGUGCAACAGGCCUGCCAGUGGGGAUCGGUUGAUGGAGACGAGCCUUGUGGACAGCGCACCCUCUGGCGAGAACUGCCGCAGGUUCGUGCGAGUGGUGUGCUGGAACGGCUGACGGACACCGAGCAACGCCAGCAGGAGGCACUGUUUGAGGUUCUCACCUCGGAAGCAUCGUACCAGCGCAGCCUACGCCUCCUGUCGGACCACUUUGCACCUGGAUUGCACGGCACGCUCGAGCCGCGCGAGUGGGAUGCCCUGUUCGGCAGCCUGGCACCCCUGCGCGAGGCCAGCGAGCGGCUGCUGGCACGCCUCGACCAGUCCUGGGAUGGCCCGCUGCUGAGCGAGCAGCGGGUGUGCGAUGCGCUGCAGGAGCAUGCCUCAUGGCACGGCGCCGCCUACGUGCGCUACUGCUCCCACCAGGGCCACCAGGAGCGGCUGCUGCGGGAGCUCAGCGCCUCGCGGCCGGACGUGGCCGCACGGCUGCGUGACCUGGAGGUAGCCCCCGACUGCCAGGGCCUGCGCCUCCACUCGUUCCUGCUGCUGCCCAUGCAGCGCGUUACCCGGCUGCCCCUGCUGGCCGAUGCCCUGCUGCGACAUGUGCCUGGCAGCAGGCCGGCCAGAGACGCCCUCGGUGCCCUCAACCAGGUUGUAGCUGACUGUAACGAGGGUGCCCGCAAGAUGGCGCGCAUGGAGGAGAUGCUGCACGUUUCACGCACGCUCGAGUUUCGCGAGUGCCGCGCGGUGCCCCUCAUCUCGUCCAGCCGCUGGCUGGUGAAGCGGGGCCCACUGGUGCGGGUGUCACUGGACAGCCGGAGGCGCACCUGGGGCCGCCUGGUGCAGUGCGCGCGCACUUCGCUUCACUUGUUCCUCUUCACCGACCUGCUGCUGGUGACCAAGCGCAAGGGGGACGACUACUACGCCGUACUGGACCACUGCCCGCGCAACAUGCUGCAGGCAUGCGCGGAGGCCCCAGCUACGCUGCCGCCGCGCUUGCCCGACUGCUGUCGCCACCUGUUCCAGCUCACCCUGCUGCAGAACAGCGCCGGACGCACAGUCGAGAUGCUGCUGGCCGCCGAGUCCGAGAGCGACAAGACUCGGUGGAUGGACGUGUUGACGCCCAUGGUGUCCAGUGACCCUGACGAACGCAUCUACGAAGAGUGGGACUGCCCGCAGGUGCAGUGCCGGCACGCGUACACGCCCCAGCAGCCGGACGAACUGGCCCUGGAGGAGGCCGACGUGGUCAACGUGUUCCGCAAGAUGUCCGACGGCUGGUACGAAGGGGAGCGCCUGCGAGAUGGGGCACGGGGCUGGUUCCCAGCAUCGCACACAGUGGAGCUGGUCAACUUGCACGUGCGCUCACGCAAUCUGCGCCUGCGUUACCGCCUACUCAUGGCCUCACAAACGCUGCUCGAGCAGCAGCAAUUUGGCAAGAGCGAUGCCUAAAUAAACUGCCACCUUGUCUUUU